ACAUGCCGCUACGUUGGUAUAAACUGUCCUUGAAAACGCGCCGGAAACUGUUUAAACACGACGGCAAUCUCGUCACGGCCCAACCCUAUCGCCGAUCUGAUAAACAUGUAGCGUUGUUAUCGGUGCCGUAUUUGAUGGAACGCAUUAGCGGGCUUAUCGGCGGCGCUAUCACCGUGUUGACUUGAAUCGGCUUCCAACUGUAGCAGACAACAGUUACGCUUAUACCGUAGACGAUCAGAAAACUCGGCUUCGUUUAAGUGUGGCACGUUUAUGCGCAGCAUAAAAGGAUAAGUCGCAUUUAAAUUACCACUAUUUGCCUUAAAGAAGCGCUGUUUUCUUUUAUCUUUGCAAUUUUAAAAGACUUAUUUUAUUAUGGCGUCUAAUACUGGUAAGCCUAUUCCGUAUCAGCUAAUUAGGAUGAUAGAUUCGUCCGGAGCUCAAGGCGAAGUCUUCCUAGCCAACCGCACGGAUGGCAUUCGACCAAUCGAGAUCGCGGUAAAAAAGGCCCAUCUGGAUUUGAACCGGGAAAAUGCCCGCGCACAGGCGGAUGCGCUGGAGAUUGAUUUACGGAAUAUCCUCAGCUUGGAGCAUCCGAAUUUGGUGCGUCAUCUAGCGCACCAAAAUCCCCAAGAAACCGGCAUAGUUGAUGUGCCGAAUUAUAUUAUCGUUAUGGAAUAUUGUUCUGGUGGGACGCUUCACGCCGCGGCAAAACAUCACAUUCCCGCGGCACUUUUCCAAAAGUGGACCCACCAUAUUGUCGACGGCCUGACAUAUUUGCACGCGAAAAAGAUCGUCCACCGCGAUAUCAAGGGCGUCAACAUCCUGCUGAGCAGUCCCGACUGGAACACGUGCCAAAUCAAGAUCGCCGAUCUGGGCGCCAUCAAGCGGCUGUUGGCCAACAUGACCCAGCCGAAGGAGGUCUCGCACGGCAAAGGCACGUGGGCCUUCAUGUCCCCGGAGAUGAUCAUGGGCAACGACACCGGCUUCAACAUCGGUCGCAAGACCGAUAUCUGGAGCUUCGGCUGUGUGGUGCUGGAGAUGAUCACCGGAUUCCCGCGGUUCGUCAAGGAAGUCGACGGGAAGAAAGUGGACCUGAAGACCGAUCUGGCCGCCAUGUACUACAUCGGUAGUGGUGGAUCGCCGAUUAUUCCCAACGAUAUACCCAACGAACUGCGGGACUUUGUGGCGGAUUGUCUGUCACGUGAUCCGGUCACGCGACCAGGUGCCAAUGAGCUGUUGGAUAAACCGUUCUUGAAAAUGGGCAAAGUGCCGCAGUGGCCGGAUACGCGUCCACCGCGACCGUGAACCCGUAUCACCAGGGGCUUUCGACUGCAUUUGCACAACUGCCAGUUUUUCGUUACCUUUUUUCUAAAUUUUAUUUCGGUGAUAAAUGAAUCAACUUAUUUGUAGCUCUAAGCUGUGUACCGAAUAACUAGGAAAAAUAUUCUUUUACUGUAGUUGCAACUAGGACGAAUAAAAACCGAGAAUUGCGUGA